UUUGAAUAACACAUCAAAAUGGCAACCUGAAAGAUAUCUUCCGACGACAUUUAACCAUUUAUCCUGAAUUUAUUCUUUCAUUCAUCCAUCAAUCGAGCAAAACAGUAAAUAAACAUCUUUAAAAGUGUUUUUUCUUUUAUAAAAACAUCGCGAUUUACCUGUUAAACUCGAACAUAUCGCGUCUUUUGGGCGUUAAUAUUCGCGAAUUCGGCAUUCGACCUAAAUGCCUGGACUAUUGCUUUAAUUAGACCCUUUAAUUAAGGCCCUUAAUUAGUGAUUUUAACGAUAUGGGCAAAGUGGAAGGAACUAAUAACAAAGUGCCGGCGAUAUCGGCCCAAAAUGAGGCCAGUAAGUUAUUGGAACAGGCUUUGAUGCAAAUGGAUGGAAUCAUAUCGGGCAACAGCGGUACGAUAAAGUCCGCUCAUUCGUCGCCGGGACUCCGGGAAAGCGCGAUUUCCCUCGUACAGUUGCUAAAAAACGCGGAAAAUCCUCCACCGCCUGAUCCGCACAUAGCCAAGGCACUCUUGGAUUGGCUUCAACAGUUCGCAGGACCGUACUUCAAAAAAUGUUUUUCGCUUUAA